AUGCUUUCAUACCUGCUUCAUCAAUACAUCAUUCUCCUCGGAGUUUUGUUGACCUUGGUAACUUUGGUGAAAACGUCGACCUAUCAUGAUUACUGCAUUAUCGGAGCAGGACCAGGUGGCCUUCAGAUGGCAUAUUUCCUCGAUCAGAGCAGUAGAGACUAUGUUGUUUUUGAAAGAGCAAAUACAACAGGCAGCUUCUACACAGUGUACCCUAGACACAGAAAAUUAAUAAGCAUAAACAAGAGACAUACAGGAAAAACUAACAAGGAAUUCAACUUGCGACAUGACUGGAAUUCUCUAAUAAGCCAUGAUGAGUCACUUCUUUUUAAACAUUAUUCUAAGGAAAUGUUUCCACAUGCAGAUGCUUUGGUAAAAUAUUUACAAGACUUUCACAGCAAAUUAGGACUGAAUGUCCAGUUUAAUUCAAAUAUGCAAAACAUACGGAGAGUUGCCAAUGAUUCCUCUGCUGAUGGCCAUGUCUACAUGAUGGAGGAUGACGCAGGCAGCGCGUACACUUGCUCAAAAGUCAUAGUUGCCACUGGUAUAGCAGUUCCUAAUGUUCCUAGUGAAGUCCCUGGCAUGGAGUAUGCUGAUGGAUAUGAAUCAGUGUCUAUAAAUCCCGAUGACUUUGAGGGACAGUCUGUUCUCAUACUUGGUAGAGGUAAUGCAGCAUUUGAAGUAGCUGAUUCAAUAUAUGGUUCAACAAAUGUAAUACAUAUGGUUGGGAGGUCAAGAGUUCGACUAGCCUGGGCAACACACUAUGUUGGAGAUCUAAGAGCUGUAAACAAUGGAUUACUAGACACUUAUCAGCUCAAAUCCCUUGAUGGCGUCCUAGAAGCAGGACUUGAUGAAGUAAAAUUGGUCAAACAAGGAUCCAAGUUUAUUCUCCAGUUCAAAGACGAAGAAGAAGACUUAAUGUUUCCCCUUGAUAACUUUGCACUUCGUGAGCCAUAUGAUCGCAUUGUCAGGUGCUUGGGCUUUAAGUUUGACACCUCUAUAUUCAAUGAGACUUCAAAGUUGAUUUUAGGAAAAGGGAGAGCCAAAAAAUUUCCCAAAAUUGAUUACGAUUACCAGUCUAUUAACAACCCUGGGAUGUAUGUGGUGGGCGUCGCCUCCCACUCAUUGGACUUUCGAAAAUCUGCCGGAGGCUUCAUUCAUGGAUACCGUUACACUGCACGCGCCCUUCACCACCUCAUGGAGUGGAGAUAUCACCAGGUGCCCUGGCCGUCUACUACUGGACCAAUCACACAGCUCCUUACUCACAUCAUCAAAAGACUAAAUGAAGCAUCCGGCACCUACCAGAUGUUUGGUAUCCUUGGCGAUGUGAUUAUCCUAAAAGAUAAUGGACGUGAAUAUGUCUACCUCGAGGAAUACCCAAUCAACUUGAUCCAUAGAUUGGAGGAAGACUCUGGACAUCAAGCCUCCAGAAUCAUCGCAGUCGUUCUGCAAUAUGGAGCCAAUUUCUCAGGGCCAGGCAAUGAUAUCUUCCGAGUUGACCGAGCCACGGGAGAGCCAUCGGAAGCCCACACGUCCAACUUUCUUCAUCCUGUAGUUUACUACUAUGAAACACUUCCAACAAAAUCACAAAUGUCGCGCAUCGCCAAGAAUGAGAUUUUGCCUCGCCCAAAGCUGAUGCACCACAUUGUGGAGGAUUUCCUGACUGUCUGGGAUGGUCCACUCAGUCACAUCCUGCCCUUACGUCGCUACCUGGAAAAUGUGCUCAGCAGUGACAUGCGCAACUUUUUCAGUGAGGACUGUAUGGAAAUGGCACUCACACAAAAGACUGUUCCGAUAUUUUGUGAACACUAUUUGGGAGGAGAGGGAAUCUCAGGAUUCCCAGCACUGCAGAGUUAGCUUGGUGUAAUUAGCCAUUCCAUAGUUGAUCAGAUACAUUAACUUGAACAGUGCCUAUAAAUUGACCGGGAUACUUCUUAUUAUGCAUUAUUUUUGUUGAUUCAGAAUCUG